ACUAGAAAGACUCUGCACUCUGCCCUCUGCCCUCUGCCAGUGUUGUCUUGCCACUCUCCCUCGAACUUCGAACUCUUCUCUGCGUCGGUAGGCUGAGUAGAUCCAGAGCUCAGAUUCUCAAGCCGUGUUUGGCUGUCUGUGGAGAUUCAUCUCUACAACAAUGACGUUGGUGAAGUUUUUCUCAGCUCUAUCUUUUCUGUUUCUCCGCUUUCUAAGCAUUAAAGCUUCUGUCCACGAAUAUGCUGGAGAGAAAUUCAUCGCCAAAGGAAACGCUUUUGUUUUCCAUGGAGGCAGCGAGGGGCUUUAUUCCUCGCUUCCGAAUAAGAACGCGAGUUCAACCAAUGGAAAUGGGGAUUCCUAUAUUCGUUUUGAGGAGAUUACAUUCAGGAGGCCAAAAGAAUCUGCAACAUCCAGCUCUAGUGUGGUACAUGCCAUUGUUUUCGAGAUAGAAGACCGAGAAAUGAUUGGUGGUUCAGCCUAUGGAGGUCAAAGAGCUAUUUGCUGCACCUCAGAUCUUGCAAAACUGGGUGUGUGUAAAGGAGGAGGAGUCAUACACCGCCCAUCAUCACAACAUCCUAAUUGGCCCCAAGUGUUUGAUAUCUCUUUCAAUGGAGAUGAUCCUGUUACAACAUUACAACCAAAAUCUAUACAGAUAAAGGAAACUGGAAUGUAUAACUUGUACUUUAUUCAUUGUGACCCAAACCUUAAGGAAUUGGUUAUAGAAGGGAAGACUGUAUGGAAAAACCCUACUGGAUAUCUACCUGGGAGGAUGGCCCCACUUAUGAACUUCUAUGGGUUCAUGUCCCUUGCUUAUGUGAUACUUGGUAUCUUCUGGUUCUCUCAGUACGCUAGAUUCUGGAAAGAGGUUCUCCAACUGCAGAACUGCAUAACUCUAGUGAUUGCACUAGGUAUGUUUGAGAUGGCACUAUGGUACUUCGAGUAUGCUGAAUUCAAUAAAACAGGAGUCAGACCAACUUGGAUUACUAUUUGGGCAGUCACUUUUGGUACUGUUAAACACACAGUUGCUCGUGUUAUUAUCCUGAUGGUUUCCAUGGGCUAUGGUGUCAUGAGGCCAACCCUAGGUGGUCUUACAUCUAAGGUGAUUUUGCUUGGAGGGACAUUUUUCCUGGCAUCUGAAGUGCUUGAGCUGGUAGAGAAUGUUGGUGUCAUUAACGAUCUCUCAGGGAAAGCUAGACUAUUUCUGGUUCUUCCUGUGGCCAUCUUGGAUGCCUUUUUCAUUCUUUGGAUAUUUACUUCUCUCUCCACGACUCUAAAUAAGCUUCAGGCAAGGCGGAUGAUGGCCAAAUUAGAUAUUUACAGGAAGUUCACAAAUGCAUUGGCAGUAUCUGUUAUUGUAUCAGUUGGUUGGAUCUGCUAUGAGCUGUACUUCAAGUCAAGUGAUGUGUACAAUGAACGGUGGCAGAAAGCAUGGAUCAUUCCUGCCUUCUGGCAGGUCCUUUCUUUCUCUCUUCUCUGUGUCAUUUGUGCACUUUGGGCACCAUCUCAUAACUCUACAAGAUAUGCAUACUCUGAGGAUACAAAUGAGGAGGUUGACGAGGACACACCGACCCUCAUUAACUCAUCCCCUGUUCCAAAGGAUGUCCGGAGCUUAACGGAAACCAUAGCUGUGCCUGUGCAUAGCAACGGUGGAGCAUUGAAUGGAGAUCCAGAAGAAGAUAAAACAGAGUAGAAGUGACCCACUUCACCUCAUCAUUUAAUUGGAGCCACAUGUUUACUAAGCAUUAGGAUAUUUGGGGUCACGUCACAUUCGGGUGCCACCUGAUCCUGUGGUCAAUGUUGUAUUUGCAGAAGAGGAGAUUCCCCAAUUGAAGAGGACCGAUCAUAUGGAGUUCUAUAUUUUUUCCUAUCUACACCUCGUUUUCUUCCACUUUAUUUCUUUAUUUUUUUCUUCUUGUUCAUCCUUAUUAAUAUUUGUAACACCGCAAUUAUUGUAUGGUAUGGUUCUUACUUAGCAAUCAAGUUCAGUUCUACAAUA